AUGUCGAUUGUGGUCCAUUGGAUCCGAAGACACCGUCGGGCGACAGUAUUGCUUAUCAUCACUGUCAUGGUGGUACUGCAUCUAAAAUUGUGGGGAAUGAAGCAAGGAGACUUGGAAUCCAACUCGGCAAUCUACGUGGGCAUCCAUAACGACCACACCUCUUCCGCCCCAUCCGGCUCUGUGGACUCGAAGCUCAACAGUCAAGACCCAGCUCCAUCCCAAUCCAUCAUUAAAGAAUCUGUGUAUCCGGUCCCAGCCAAUAGGGGUACGUCAUUCUCGAAGCCAGCACAAACAAACCCUGUAUCAUCGGCUCCAACCGACGUACUGAGCGUUUUCAACUUCACCCCGCCCUUCCACACAAAGGGACGUCAUAUCCUAGACGCGAAUGGCACUACCCUUAUCCUGGCUAGUAUCAACUGGUAUGGCGCAAGCGACAUCAACUUCGUACCUGGAGGCUUAGACGUCCAGCACCGCGAUGACAUUGCGCAGUUGAUCCGCCGGCUCGGGUUCAACAGUGUGCGGCUAUCGUACGCUGACGAAAUUGUGAGAGACGAUCCGGCCGUGGACGAGACAAAGAUUGCUGCCAACCCGGACCUAGUUCAGAAGAGUCCAUCGAUCCCAGUUCGUGCCCUGGAUGUGUUUCAUGCCGUGGUAAAGAGUCUCACCGACGCCGGGCUGUUGGUAAUAAUCAACAAUCACAUCACGCAAGCAACGUGGUGCUGUGGCGCCAACCCCUGCGACGCGGGCUGGUCCAACGAGUGGUUUCUGGGGAUAUUAUUCUGCCGUGUCUCACAGAGCGAAGAGGAAUGGAUCGAGAACUGGGAGACGGUGAUGCAGCCCCUGGUGUCGAACCCGCUGGUGCUGGGUGCAGAUUUGCGCAAUGAGGUGCGUGGAGUUUGGGGGACAAUGCACUGGGAAGUCUGGGCGUUGGCAGCUGAAAAGGCAUCGGAGCGACUGCUGGCACUGAACCCAGACUGGCUGAUGAUUGUCGAGGGAAUCUCCUCAGCCAACGACCUAACCGGUGUCCGACGCCGCCCGGUGCAGCUCAGCGUGCCAGAUCGCGUGGUAUACUCCGUACACGUAUACCAGUGGUCAGGUUGGGGUGAUCUGUACCCGUAUUCACGGCGAACGUAUGACGAGUUUGCGGCGGCGAUGCGAAAGAACUGGGGGUAUCUGAUAGAGGAGGAACUUGCGCCGGUGUGGGUGGGGGAGGUGGGCACACCUGACGAGCCGACGGUGGGAGACACGAAUUAUUGGCAGCAUUUGGUGCAAUAUCUGGGUGAGGUUGGCACUGGCUGGGGGUAUUGGGCGCUGAAUGCGCGCAAGGCCACGGGGGAGCGGGAGAGCUAUGGAUUAGUUGGAGAGGAGUGGAACUGGGCUUCAGUGCGUUGGACGCAUCCUGCGUUUGCCCUGGUUCGUGUCCGAUGA